AUAGUAUUCUGUUAGUCAACGGAACUCAGUGAACUUAGUUUAGUUCAAUUAGACAUUAUAAUCAGUAAUAAUUCAGUCAAGCCUAGUAUGAACUAGGAAUUAGUUUAGUGUCUAUUCAGUUGGGAGUAGGAUUCAGCACCGAGCAAACCUAGGGAUAGGAGAAUUCCUGCUAGCAGAGGGUUUGACCUUAGUAGUCAUCUAUGCAUUACAGAACUAUGUAGCUACCAUAGGUUGAUAUAUCUUCCUUAUAUACUAGGGUUGAUACAUCUCGUACAAGUUUUCCUGCCAGCAAGGGUUAACGAAAGAGCUUCAUAUUAGAGAGGGUAAACUUAUAGUUGUCUUUACCCGUGGCACGAUACUGAUACCGUUCCAACUAGGGUUACAGGUUGGACCCCAAUCUAUCCAAAAAGGGGUAUGUCGAUUAGAUAAUUACCUCCCACAGUCUCAGUUUCAGUUUCAGUCUCAGUAUAGAACUCAGUUCAGUUCUACAAUAUUAAGACUGUCAGAUACAGUCACUCAAUUAAAUACAGAACUCCGUACAGUUCCAUAGAAUCUAGACUGUCAGAUACAGUCAUUUAGCUACCAGUUAUAUAGUAUCAGUAAACUCAGAUAUGAGUAAAUCAGUAAUUCAGAACUCAGUAACUAGUGUUAUGAUGACCUCAGUUAUAGUUUAUGUAUUCAUGCAUGUACUUUCAUUCAGUUAUACUCUUGUUAUUUAGUCAAUAUUGUUCAUGCAUAUGAACCCAUUCAUCUUAGAAUACCUCACUUAACAUACUAGUACAUCCAAAUUACUGACACAUACCUUUCUUUGUGCUAUGAUGUCUUAUAUCAUAGGUUCAUAUGCACGGGCUCCCAAUCAUACUUAGUAGCCCGAUCCAUCAGCAGCAGAUUAGUGAUGGCCAUCUUGCUGACCGAGUGGGCGAUGGUGUGCCACGUAUACUGAAAUCAUUUGUAAAGUAUAGACCAACAUAUAAAGAGAUCAAGCCUGCAUUUUUUUAUAUUAGGAAAGAGCAGGUUGUGUUGCGUAGCAUUACGCUGACAGUUCUUGAAAAAAUAAUCCUUCAAUUACCUCAUUUCAAAUCCGUGGAUGCAGUUGUGCACUUUAUUGAUUUGCCUAGCACCGGUAAACAAGAUUGUAGUCAUUCGAGCUCAGAUAAUGAAUUGGAACUCUUGAGAAGUGAUGUUAAAGUGGCAUAUCGAAGGUUUUUAUUAAUAUUUGUAUGUUUUUGCUAAAUGAUGUUUUAAAUUUUUCCUUUUAUGUUUAGUUAACGGAAAAGGUUUCCUCGAUGGAGAAGUUUAUGAAAUCCUCAUUUGAAUUGAUUUUUUCGAGCUCUAGAUAUAAAGAAUGAACCCAAGGUAUUCUUUUCCUGAAUUUUUCCUAUUUUCUUAACAAACCUUAUAUACACUAUUGUAAUUAUUUUAUAGAGUUUUUUGUAUAGGUUGGUACAUCAAUUAGUGAUAACAAUGG